UACCCUCCCCGAAUCCACCUGUUGAUUUAUAUCUUAUGAUGGGUUUUCCUAUGCAAUGCUCUUAGGGCUACCAAACGAACAGGUGGAAGUACAUCUCUACGACCUCUGUUAUGGAGAAAAUGGAGCCUCAAAGGAGAGUGUACAUAUCUCUCCCUAAAAACAACAGGACCGCUUUGGCCAAAAAGUGUAAACUGGAUCACGGGCUUGUCAUUAAGGAUCUCAGUACUAACAUAAAUGAAGGAUACCUACAAGCUUACUUCCGACAGUGGGGCAGCAUUACAGCAUGCACGAUCAAGAAGACUCCACAGGACUCUGACUCAAAGAGUGCCAGUGCGUUGGGAUACGUGAGUUUUUCCUCUGAGGAGGAGGCAGAUAUGGCAGACUGGGCGGGUCCUCACUAUAUAGGAGGCAUGGAAGUGGAGGCCAAGAGAGUUGUCAGUCUGAAGAUGGAUGACCCAGAAGGUUGAGGUCAUCCCAGCCAGGUCUAUCCACAGACGUGACCAACAUCAAUUGAGCAUCUUUGAGAAUGUAUCAGAGGCCGGAUGAUACUGUACCUACAUUAUUUUUUUUAAUCAAUUUUGGAUGGGAUACAUGGAUUAUUUGUUGAAAAAUAAAUGUAGAUUUUAAUUUUUUUCUAUGAUUUGGUUUGAUUGUAACAAUUUGUUUUCAGAUGUCUUAUGUACCUUGAUUUACUGAUUUGUAAUGAAAUGCCAAUUGUUUUCAAUGUUGUGAACAUUAUAAGGCCUAUGUUGCAUUAACUUUUAGUAGAAUAACCAAAGAUAUUACUAGAAAGGGACAUUUCCUAAAGAAAAUGUGUGUUUGCUAGAAGUAUUUAUGAUAGUGACAGCAAUAAGUAGUAACGAUUGAUUGAUUGAUUGCAUUUAUAGGGCCCUGUAAAUCUGCGAUAUGCAGAACGCUGACGGAAUCCAGACAUUAAAGAAGAAUUUAACAAUGUUCAAAUAUUUUACCUUCAUUUAACCAGGCAAGUCAGUUAAGAACAAAUUCUUAUUUUAAAUGACUUCUUAGGAACAGUGGGUUAACUGCCUGUUCAGGGGCAGAACGACAGAUUUGUACCUUGUCAGCUCGGGGAUUUGAACUUGCAACCUUCCGGUUACUAGUCCAAUGCUCUAACCACUAGGCUACCCUGCCGCCCAGUGGUUAUAGUAAGUAUCAACAAAAUGUAGCCUAUUGAAAACUAAUACAUUUGCCCAAGUUUAUCAUGCCAUAAGAAAUGAACACAAUGCAUCAGUGAUUCAUAUUUUCUGCAAACAUCUAGAGGGCAAUGAGAAGGCACAACAGCGCCUCUUCAACCUCAGGAGGCUGAAGAAAUUUGGCUUGUCACCUAAAACCCUCACAAACUUUUACAGAUGCACAAUUGAGAGCAUCCUGUCUGGCUGUAUCAGCUCCUGGUACGGCAACUGCACCGCCCAUAACCGCAGGGCUCUCCAGAGGGUGGUGCGGUCUGUACAAUGCAUUACCGGGGGAAAACUACCUGCCCUCCAGGACACCACCUACAGCACCCGAUAUCACAGGUUUGCCAAAAAGAUCAUCAAAGACAACAACCACCCGAGCUACUGCCUGUUCCCCCCCACUACCAUCCAGAGGUCAGUACAGGUGCAUCACAGCUGGGACUGGGAGACGGAAGCUAUUUCUCAAGGCCAUCAGACUGUUAAACAGCCAUCACUAGCACAGAGAGGCUGCUGCCUACCUACAGACUUGAUAUCAUUUGCCACUUUUAAUAAAUGGAUCACUAGUCACUUUAAUAAUGGCACUUUAAUGUUUACAUAUCUUGCAUUACUCAUUUCAUAUGUAUAUACUAUAUUUUAUACCAUCUAUUGCAUCUUGCCUAUGCCGCUCUGUCAUUGCUCAUCCAUAUAUUUACAUUUAUAUAUUCUUAUUCCAUUCCUCUAUUUAGAUUUGUGUGCAUAAGGUAGUUGUUGUGGAAUUGUUAGAUUACGUGUUAUUGCAGAUAUUGCUGCACUGUCGGAACUAGAAGCACAAGCAUUUCACAAUAACAUCUGCUAACCAUGUGUAUGUGACCAAUAACAUUUGAUUUGAUUUGAAUUCCUUGUCUGUAUGUGUGGUGCGCAAGCCUGCCACUUUGUGUAGCUGUUAGUGAGGAUUCUAAUGAGAAGUCUUCUGGUAGAUGGAAAGGCUUUCCCAUGAACCUUUGCAAUUAGAUGUUAACUACAAAGUAGCCUCUGCUUACCUUACUAAUCAAUCAGUGGGUAUUUGUUUUGCAAACUCUGCCAUCACGUGUGCACUUCAAAAACACUUCUAAACUGCCUCUUGCUACUGUAGGUGCACACUGGAAUUAAAGGGUAAAUACACCCCAAAAUCAAACAU